CUUUCGCCGGCGGUGAGUCGACGGUGCGGCUUGAGCUGGUGUGCCGCCGCGCGAGCGACGCUUCCCGGUUCCCAAGAACAGGUACUACGCUGAUCUUAGCCAGAGCUCCAACAAAACCAAUGGUUGCGCUGCUCGUCGCCACGCUCGGUGUCGCGCCUGCUGGCGUCGCCCGCCGCGCCCUCGGUGGCAAGCCCAGCGCAGCGGUGUGGAACGAGGAGAUCAAGGCUGCGUGGACGCAGGCCUACGCGUCGGCCCAGGGCGUGCCCGCCAACUACGACAUCGACGAGAUCGAGGGUCGAAUCCCCUCGGCGCUUCGCGGCACCGUAUUUCGCAACGGCCCCGGCAACUUUGAGCGCGGCGGCCAGCGUUACGAGCACGUGCUGGACGGCGACGGGCUGCUCUGCAGGUGGAGCCUAGAUGGCGCCACGGGCCGCGCCCGCUUCGCGUCCCGCUUCGUCCGCACGCCCGAGUACGCAGCCGAGGAGGCGGCGGACACGGUGCUGCACCGCAACACCUUUGGCACACAGCCGGCGAGCGGGCCGCUCGGCGAGCUGGAGAACGCCUUUGACCUGGUCCUCAAGAACCCGGCAAACACAAACGUGCAGAGCUGGGGCGGGAAGCUCCUCGCGCUGUGGGAGGCGGCGCUGCCCUGCCGCAUCGACCCGGACACGCUCGAGUACGUCGGGCGCGAGACCUUCGACGGCCUGCUCCCCGACGGCGCCCUCACCGUGGCGAGCGGCAUCGGGCCGGAGGUGGACGCGAGCCUCGGCCUCGGCGUCGCCUUCACGGCCCAUCCGCGCGAAGACAGGAAGCGAGGCCGCGUGGUCGGCUGGUCGUGGGCGGCGCCACUCGUCGGCUCGUCCCUCUCCGUCACCGUCCACGAGUGGGAUGCGGCCAGCGGCGCUCUGCUCGCCUCGACGCCCACGGCGCUGCCCUCCGCCAUCGCGCCGCACGACUUCGCGCUCACCGACUCGUACAUCUUCGCGCUCAACGCGAUGCAGCUCAACCUCUUCCCGUACGUGCUCGGCCUCACCGGCCCGCGACGGGGCGUCGAUGUGCCGGCAGGCGCAGUCCUCGUGCUCAUCAACCCGACGCUGCUGCUCGAGACGACGCUGCGCCUGCGCGAGGGCGGCGCUUCGCUCGAGCGCAGCUACGUCGCUGGCGGCGCUGGCAGCGCGUGCAUCGACCACCCGCACGUCGACCCUCGCUUCGAGGGGGACGGGCGCGUGAGGUACAUCUUCAUGUCGUGGUGCAACGCCGAGGGGGAGAGCGGCUCGCCGCCGGUCGGCUACUGCCGCUUCGACCGCCUCACCGGCAAGACGCAGGUCUGGAGGGCGCCGCCGCGCACGUUCUGCGAGGAGGUCGUCGUCAUCCCGAGGCCGGCGGAGGCUGGAAGGGCGUCGGCCGGCGGCGAGGAGGCGGACGUGGCGGACGUGUGGCUUGCGGGCAUGAUGUAUAGCGCCGACGUGGGCCGCUCCUGCCUCGCCAUCCUCGACGGCGACGACCUCGAGAGUGGCCCGGUCUGCAGGCUCUGGCUCAGGCAGGCGGUGCCGCACGGGCUCCACGGCUGCUUCGUCGAGGAGCUCUACGGGAUGGCAACAUGACUCGCAGCCUGUUCGCUGUUCCCUUUCUCUCUCUGUGUAGUUCUCGUCGACAAAGUUGUGUUUAACCACGAUGCGAGGAUGACGC